CAAGAGAGUGCUUCUCGUAAAGAAGCAGCACAGGGAGGGAUGGAAAUGUACAAAGAGCUGUAUGUGGAGGAAGUGAAAACCAGAAGAUGCCUGGCCAAGAAAGUGGAAAGGCUGGAAAAGCUUCUGAGGAUAGAGAGGAGGAAACUCCGGGUUAAUGAAGAGAAAGGAAGUCAGUCCCAGCUGGAAGAAAUGAAGAAGAGAUAUUCUGAAAAGGUCAAGGAAGUUGAUAGAUUCCAAAGAGAGGUUGCUGAACUUUCCCAGCAGUUGGACAGGGAACGUGAACAGUGCACGCAGCUGGAGGCCAAAAAUCAGGCUUUGCAAGAAGAGCUGUCUGCCCUGCGUGGGGAGUGCGAGAACCUGGCCAUGGACAAAUGCCAGCUGCAAGAAGAGCUGGCAAAACUCCACCAUCAUUUGGAGACCAACGUGGUGGAUCGCAGCCAACUCGAACAGUGUAAAAGAGAGGUGGAAGAACAAGCAGACCAGGAAAUAAGGCAAAAACUCCAAGAAGUCAAUGAGUUUUUGCAACGGGUCUGA